AUGUCCAGGCUCUUAGCAUUGAGAUGUCCAAGCCUCCUGUGUCAGGUGUCCGCGCUCACAAGCGAAAAGCAGACGGCGUUCGCCGUGUGGGUCUAUGACUGCUUCUGGUGGGGCACGAGGGAUCUCGUGCCGNUCUCGAAAUUCGGAUCCGGUAUUCUCGCCUCCCUUGUCGUAGGGGAUGGUCUCGAUCCGGUAGCCUCCUGCCGCUGCGACGCACGUGUUGUACAUGUGCACCGCCUUGGUCGUGUCAGAUUUUUGCGAAGCAGGUACACUUCUUUCAUUUUCGUGUAGUCGUCGGUGAUAUUGCACGCGUACGGGAAGUAGCCUCCUUUAUUUCGCAGGUGGAUUAACAGGCCCCAUGUGGUCGAUGACCAUAAGUUGUCCAGGCCGUGACAGUUCGCGAAUCGAUUGCUUCGGGUGGGGCACUGCUUGUGUUUCGCGAUCUGGCAGACCCCGCAAGGGGAGAGACUGUCGUGAUAGUCCACCCCGGUACCCGUGUCCUCCUGAAGGAUGUCCAGGCUCUUAGCAUUGAGAUGUCCAAGCCUCCUGUGUCAGGUGUCCGCGCUCACAAGCGAAAAGCAGACGGCGUUCGCCGUGUGGGUCUAUGACUGCUUCUGGUGGGGCACGAGGGAUCUCGUGCCGGAUGACUGGACGUUCUGCUCGAACGUGAUGUCGAGGGUGCACAUGCCUUGGUCUCGCGGAUCUUGUGUGAGUGUAAUCACCUUGCCUUUAACAGUGGGGUGCGGAGUGCUCUCCUCGACGACGCAGCGCAACCCCUUUUUCAGGAGGGAGGUGGGCGAAAAAUUGUUGCGACCAAGUCCCGGAACGACGAGUCCCUGAGUCCGCACGCGCAAUUGCUGUCCUCGAUUGUCCUUGGCGGUGCAGUGUAGGAUGCCCGUGGCCGUGUCUUUGAGUGGGCUUUCUCCGGCCACGUCGACGAUCUUUGGAGAGUUUCGCUGGGUGUAACCGUGAAGGUUUCCGUCGGGGAUGAGGCGAUUGUCAAACAUGGUCUCCGAUGCUCCCGUGUCUACCAGCAGUCCUACCCCGGUGGAGCUCGCGGCGAAGUUGCGUGCUGAGAUGCGGGAACACUUCAUUGUUUGAGUCGUUCUUGUUGGACGCCGACGAGCAGUGAGUGCAGUCGGAGCACGCGGUGAAUGUUUUGCUUGAGUGCUUGGUGUCUUCCGGGCGCUUUCCUCCUUAUUGGAGGCAUUCCUCGUCCGAGUGAGACGUGGUGUUGUGCUUGGAGCACCACUUGGUAGCUCCGGCGGGCUUCGUUUUCUUCGCCGCCCUGUUCUUGAUCUUGGGGCAGUUCCUCCUGAUGUACCCCGGCUCGUAGAAGCUGUGGCAGACGAUGUCAGACGCGGUCGUUGCCAUGGCAAAUCCUCGACCAACUAUGCGUCCCUUCUAUCCCUUGCGCGAUUGAUCGUCCAAGAAGAUGUUGCGCAUGGUGGAUUGCAUGUCCAGGACGUUGAAAGUUGGGUCCCUGAACACCAUCAGUUUGACGUCCUUAUACUCGUCGGAGAAGCCCUGUACGCAGAUAUCCUUGAAGCGGCGGUCGGAGAUGGGUUCUCCCAUCUUAUCCAGCUGGGCGCUAAGUAGGUGCUUCUGGUUGACGUAGUCGUCGGGAUUUUCACCAGGGUUCAUGGGGUUAUUCUCUAGCUCCUCCAUCUUGGCCCUGAUGACCUCGUCCGUUACCCUGUCAUAGUUGCUGCAGAGCAAUUCGAAGGCAGCUUGUCCGUCGCCGCUGAUGCCGGUGUCGUCUUCGUGCUUCUGUACCGACACGGCGGCUGGAAAUUCCACUAGGAGGAAAAGAAUGGCGUAGAGAUCUUCGUUUGCCCUUGUGAAGGAGUCGAAGGCCGCUGUGUCGGCGGGAUCUGGCUUCCUUUGUUUCUUCAGUAGUGGCAGGAUGUCCUUCCUGGUCACGCCUAACACCACGCAGAAUUUCUUCAUCCAUGUCUUGAACUCAGCUGGGUCCUUUUCGUCGAAUUUCUCGAGGCCAUUGAUCACGGUUGCCAGGUUUGUAGAACUAUCGCUGGCGAACGCGCCUCCACCUCCUGUGUUGCUCGUUGCGGUAUCCAUUGCUCGUUUCAGCUUUAUAUUCUUCGUCUUGAUAUAAGUACUUCCUGCUGCAGGAGUAGUUUGCUCGUGGCACUACUGCCUGUACCCGAUAAUUCCCCACCCCGUUCCUGCUAAUGAUCUAGACUAGAGGACUCCGGUUGUGGUUUUCUUGCUUCCGAUCCC